UCAUUUUCAAAAGUGUAAUAUGCCAUUUAGUUUCGGAAUUUUUUAGUGAUCGUCACGUAAUGAGAUAAUGGGAUCAUUGCUGGAUAAUUGGUUACAUCUAUCUUGUCACUUUCAAAAGUUUAAUUUGCCAUUUAGUUACAGAAUUUUGUAGUGAUUGUCACGUAAUGAGAUAAUGGGAUCAUUGCUGGAUAAAUGGUUUACAUUUAUCUUGUUAGUAUGGUUUACUGGUUUACCUUCGUUAUGCAUGAAAACUCUACCUCCAGUCACGAAUGACUUGUGUUGUAUCCUUGAAUCGCAGUUGCAUGCCACAGUGAUGAAUGCAAGACACAGGAAAUGGGUCCGUCGGAUGCUUUCUAUGAACGGAUAUUCUAUGGGAAAUGAAAUGUUCAGGAAGACAAGGACAAAAAGGUUCGACUCAUUCGAUGCACAGGGCAUUGUCAGACAACAUGGGUCUGAGGAAUGGGGGGAGUAUCUUAUCCGAGAAGCACAUCUUUCGCAAAGGUUCGUGGUUGAUGACAAUGGAUAUUAUCACUGCUGUGCUUCAAUGCCCUUUCCUGAGAACAUGCAAAUAGAAUGAUUUUUCCACCUUGGAAGGAAUCUUGAGGUUCUCUUUUGUGUUCGGUAUGUUGUAAAACUAGAGAAGGGUCUAUCUAUCGACGGGAUUUUCUUAAGCAUUUUAUGUUUAUGUACUGUUUAGAGAUGUAGUUAGUUGAUUUGUCAUUAUAUUUU